GCAUUACACCUAUAGCCUAUAGUUUACUUUUCCUUUUCCUUUAAGAGCAGUUGCAUUACAGUGAGCUAGAACAGUUCUCUUUGCCUUUCUUUCAUCCACCUUCUAUCAACGAGAUGACUAGUCAGAGUAGGUCAGCUGAUGAUAUCUUUGCUGGAUUUUUCGGGUCUAAUAGCCCAAAUCAAAACAGGAGAGAAACAGGGAUCUCCAGUAGGUCAGCUGAUGAUAUCUUUGCUGGAUUUUUCGGGUCUAAUAGCCCAAAUCAAAACAGGAGAGGAACAGGGAUCUCCAGUAACUUAAAUGGCGAUGAUAAUGAUAUCUCUAGAUCCUUUGAACAAAGCUUCGGGGUUAGUGCUCCUGGAAAAGAUCCUGCAAUUAAGCACACCCUGCCUUGUAGUCUUGAAGAGCUUUAUCAAGGGGCUACCAAGAGGGUAAAAAUAACUAGAGAAGUAGCUGAUCGAAGUGGUCUUCUGAAAGGUCCAAGAGCUUUGUUAAUGGUGUUUCUUGUGCUCUAUCUUUUUUGUGGGAUGGAGCGCAGCUUGACCAGGGAAACAGAGGAGAUUCUAACCAUUGACACAAAGCCUGGUUGGAAGAAAGGCACGAAGAUCACUUUCGAAGAGAAAGGGAACGAAAGACCAAAUAUAACACCUGCUGAUGUUGUCUUCAUUGUUGAUGAAAAACCCCACUCUGAGUUUACUCGUGAUGGAAAUGACUUGAUCGUCACUCGAAGGAUUUCUGUAACUGAAGCCUUUACAGGCUACACUGUCCAUCUUAUUACCUUAGAUGGCAGGAAUUUAACCCUUCCGAUCAAUGAUGUGAUCCAUCCCAACUAUCAGAAGUUUGUCCCGAAUGAAGGGAUGCCGAUCCUCGGCGACCCAACAAAGAGAGGGAUUUUGAAAAUCAAGUUUGAUAUCAGGUUCCCAACAAGGGUUAAUGCAGAGCAGAAGGCAGGAAUCAGGAGACUCUUUGGUCCUUGAUAUCUCUAUAUCAGCAUGUGAGACAUCUCCUAUGGGAAGGGAUCCUUUGGAUUGGUAUCCUCUUGCUGCAGUUUGUGUUUGUGUUUGUGUUUGUGUGUGUCUGUGUGUCUGUGUGAAGUAUGGCAUCUUUCUGAGAUGUUUUAAUGCAGGGUUUGACCAUCUUCUUCAUAAUGUUCUUAAUGAAAACUGGUUCCCCUUGAUUGUUGUUGAA